CAAGAUGGCUUCCUGCUUUUCUUCUCCUCACUGGAAUGACAGGGUACAAGGAUGUGUGUUGCCAUGGUAAUCAUUUUCAAGAAAACACUGGAAAAAAAGAGUGGCGAGGAUGUAACAUCCAGGAGGACAGAGUUCGCCCCGUUCCAGGCACAGACCAUGAGCCAGGGGACUACACUUUUCUCUUGUGGACUCAUGGAGACAAGUCGGUGGCAUGAGGUGGGCCACAGCUGUGCCAUACAGCAGAGGCCAGUUGGAACCAGUCUGGAGAGUCUGUGGGAUGUCCUGCCUGAGGUGAACAAGACUACUUCACACUGGGACUGGGAUGUUGGUUCCAAAUCCAGCACAAUCACCAACUUGUUACAGGACCUCAGCCUGGCCGAGGCUUCAUCAUCCCUCUCAACUGCACCUCCCAGCAAGCGCCAGUGCCGGUCCUUGUCUUGCUCUGACGAGCUUGGUAGUUGCCGCUCUACCUGGCGCCCUCAGGGAUCUCGAGUGUGGACGACAGUGGAAAAGAGAAGGUGCCACAGUGGGGGCAGCGUCCAACGUGGCCUUGUCGGGAACAUGCAGCUCGGGUUCCCAGCCAUGCAGCGUAGCUCCAGCUUCAGCUUGCCGGCCCGCUCCAACACCCUGGAGCUGCCCUCUUUCACCCAGCGUCCUGCUUGUCCCUCAGCCUUCACGUGUAUGACACCCUUCACUUCCUCAUCCAUCCCCCUGUCUUCUGAGCCCCCAGCGCAGCCACUCUACCUCUCUCACGAACAGAUCUGCAACCCUGAGCCCCACAGGCCCUCUCCCCCAAGCUCUCCUGAUUCCACUCCAGAGCUUGAACGUCGUGGUGGACAGGGGGGUCUUUCCCGCAGUCGCUCACAGCCGUGUGUCCUCAAUGACAAGAAGAUUGGAGUGAAGCGUAGAAGACCAGCCGACUCUCACAAACAGAGGCCUUCUUUGGAUCUGGCAAAGAUGACCCAGAAACUUCGGAAUUUCCACAGCCUGAGCUGCCCUGGAAUCACAGGCGAAGACUGCUGCGAGUCCAGCCAGGCCAUCCCGGCUGCCCUUAGCUGCACUGAGCAAGACACAGAUGACUCACGUGUAAACGAGCAUGACUUGGACCAAGUUCACCCUCAGACCAAAGAGGACCAGAGCACUAGCAAUGUGCGGAGGGACCCAACCAUUGAGGAGGCGUACUGGAACGCCGAUGUACAGGCAGAGACGCGGAACGGGAAGGACGGCGGGCCUCUGUGGGCCGGACUGUGCAGCAUGAGGAAGGACAUGUAUCAGCUGGGAGGAGAGCUGGACAUUGAGCAGAUUGAGAGGAACUGAGCACAUGUGGAGGAAAGAACAUUUAGGGAACUCAAAGUUUAUCACCAGAUGGUACAGUAAAAAGUACUGAUAGUCUUAAGGGGCAAAACACGUAAAUGCAGAUAUGCAGCGUUUGUCUUUUUUUUUUUCUCAAGGAGAGAGCUUUGUUGGAGACUUUUUGUCCUAAGAUGCUACUCCCACACUGCAGUUUAUCAACUGUGUCUCAGGAGAACAAGGAAGUCAGGAAAAAGAAGAUAAAAAAAACUUGUGGUAAAGACAUAAGAACUGACAAAUAUAAGAGUGAUACAUAUGUCAGCUCAGAGACUUGGCUCUUCUACAUUUCCCUGACUGUCUUCACUGUACUAUGUUUGAAGAGAUUUCACAACAGGUUUGUACAAAUUCACCUCUGACGUUCUUUACUAGUGCAUGAUCAACGGAAACAGGGAAGACAAUAAGAGCUACUGUUAGCUAAAAUAUUAAGAACCCUUCCACUCUGACAGCACCAGUUAUAGUCUAUUGAAGAGUUUAACACUUCACACUGUAACGUCCGGCUUCUCUGUGAGAUCCAUGCUCUUGUUUGUUUGAGAAAAGUUUUUUUCUGAUGCUAAUAGUGUUGAUAAUCUCUCUUUUUUGUAACUACAAAGUUAUGUAAAACAUGAGCAUAUUUCUAUACAAAUAAAACACAGUUUUAAAUGUGUUA